GAUGAUCUGAUUAAUAACCCUUUGAGAAAAUAAGGGAAAAUGAAUAAUUUGAUUGUUUGGAUUUCAUGGAUGAGGUUUCAAGUAAUUUUGAACCAAGAAAAUAUAUAUAGAAAAGGGUGGAUAAAGUAAUGAGAAACAAAUGGCCUAAAGAGCAACAUAUGCUGACUUUAAUUUUAUUUAUUUAUUUAUUUAUUCAUUUAUUUAUCUCAAACUCAAAGUUUCAAUUACAUGAAAAACAAUCUGAGAGACACAAACAACAUUGUCCUUUGUCUUAAAACAACAUAGUCAUGGUUUCCCUACUCUCUACAACAACUACAACCACACUUCAACACACUCAUAACAAAAUCUGCUUCUCUCCUCUAAAAUUCUCCACCUCAUUUAACAAUUCUUUCUUAACAAACCAUUUCAACAACACUCAUUCUAUAAGGUGCAGUGCAUUUUUUGAUAUCAUCCCCAAAGACAUACCAUUGAACAACACUUUUUAUUUGGAUAAGUUUCAGACUUUGAGUGAGGACUUAUCAGACAUUCAGAGGUUGGAGAUUUUGGUCUUUGUUGGGUUAUCAUGGUUGUACUUAACUGCAAGACCAGGUGUUCUUUUUGGUGCUAUUGAUGCAUACCUUUUGGCUCCAAUGCAAUUGGUUUUGGAUAGUUUAUCUGGAAGGAGAAACAUGAAAAGGAGUGAUUUCUUGAUUGGAGGUAAGAUAGGAGAAGGGUCAUUUGGUGUUGUUUAUUCUGCUGUUUUGGUAACAAAGAUAAAAGAGAGUGGAAGAGGGAAAUUAGAUGCUAAAUCUAAGGAUAAAGUCAUUCUUAAAAAGGUCAAGGUUGGAAUUGAAGGGGCUAAAGAAUUUGGUGAUUUUGAAGAGUGGUUUAAUUACAGACUCUCUAGAGCAGCUCCUGAAACAUGUGCUAAGUUCCUUGGAAGUUUUGUAGCUGAUAAAAGCAAUUCACAAUUCACAAAAGGUGGAAAAUGGCUUGUUUGGAAAUUCGAGGGAGACAGUACUCUUGCUGAUUACAUGACAGAUAAAAACUUCCCUUCAAACUUAGAAUCUGUCAUGUUUGGAAGAGUCUUACAAGGUGUAGAUUCUUCUAAAAGAAAUGCAUUGAUCAUCAAGCAAAUAAUGCGCCAAAUCAUUACAUCUCUUAAGAAAAUUCAUGACACUGGCAUUGUUCAUAGAGAUGUAAAGCCUUCCAACUUGGUUGUUACAAAAAAAGGGCAGAUCAAACUCAUUGAUUUUGGUGCAGCAACAGACCUUAGAAUUGGAAAGAAUUUUGUUCCUAAUUAUACUCCUUUGGAUCCUGAUUACUGUCCCCCUGAACUAUAUGUGCUACCACAAGAAACACAAAGUCUUCCUCCAGAGCCAAUUGCGGCUCUACUUUCACCAAUCCUGUGGCAGUUAAACAGUCCUGAUCUCUUUGAUAUGUAUUCUGCUGGGAUUGUACUUUUACAAAUGGCAAUACCAACUUUAAGGUCUCAAGCUGCUUUAAAGAAUUUCAAUUUGGAAAUGAGGACAUGUGGAUAUGACUUAAACAAAUGGAGAGACUCUACUCGAAUGAAGUCUAACUCCGAAAUACUUGACAGCAAUUCUGGUAGAGGAUGGGACUUAGCAUCAAAGCUUAUCUCCAAGAGAAGUUCCGAAAGAACACGGCGUUUAUCCGCUGCUUCUGCUUUGAGACAUCCUUAUUUUCUUCUAGGUGGUGAUCAGGCAGCUGCAGUUCUUUCAAAAUUCAGCUUUAGCACAAAGUGAGAUGCUUAUAAUUUUUCGGUCUGUUUGGAUUGAUUUAUUUGAAUUUAUCUACCGGUGUAAAUACUUGCAAAACUGUUCAAGAGAACUUAUGGAAACAACUUAUGACAUGUCCAUAAAUUGUUUUCAGCUUAUUUCCAUAAGCUCUCAAGGAUAGCAUAUGAAAACAGUUUAUAGCUCAUACAAAAACUAUUGACUUUAUUUUAUCUUUUGUUAUAGAAAUAACUUAUACAUAAACACUUAUAAAUGCUUAUGUUAUAAUCGCUUAACUAAGCUGUUUAUCCAAACACGUCCAUUAUUUAAGUAUAAUUUAUCUCAUUUUCAACGAACGUCACU